CAUCCGAAUGUUCCCGUAUAUCAUUUUAUCUUUGUCUAACAUUCGAUAAACAAUCAGGAUAAAAUGAUACAGAGUCAUUCGAGUAGUAUUUCUGAACUUAGCUUGUUUAAUGACAUAUGAAACGAGUUGAGAGUAGUAGGUUAGAAUUUCGUGGAUCACCACGUUCUUACUUAUAUGCUUUUUAUACUUGUAUUUUAUAUCAAUAUAUCCUACAGUUCAAAUAAUAAAUUAGGGGAAGUGAAUGAGAGAAAAAAAUGAUCGACUCGAGCCCGGAAAGUAUUAACGAAAGUGUGCUGCAGUUGAUAGACAAUAUUCAUCAUAAAGAAAUUAAGGGUACACACAAUAUCGUGGUAGCUACUAUCUCUGUGCUUAAAGAAAUCAUCAAUAAUAUAGAAUGGAGCACAGCAAAAGAUUUGAUGGAUAUUAUCAGGCAAAAUGGAAGGUACUUGGAAAAAACAUUUCCUCUUGAGGCUUGUAUCGGAAAUAUGAUUAGACGAGUAUUACAUAUUAUUAGGGAAGAAUAUACUUUAGGAUUGAAAAACAAGACAGAUGAGAUAGAUCCACAAGAAUCCUUGCACAAAAUCCUUACUGCUGAAGGUGAUCAGCAGAUAGACUUUAAUGUCUCGAUGCCUUCUCUCAAAACUGCUCUUAUCGAGCAUAUCAAUGAAUUUGAAGCUGAAUUGGAAACAUGUUUGGAAAACAUCACGCGGCAAGCAUCAGAGCAUAUACAUUCAAAUGAAAUUAUAAUGACCAUCGGCAAGUCAAAGUUAGUGGAAGAAUUCUUCAAGGGAGCCGUCGCUACCAGACCUUUUGAUGUAAUAAUAGUCGAAGGCGGGCCAUCUUUAGGCGGUCACGAAAUGGCGGUGAAUCUGGCUAAAGUGAAGAUCAAGACCACGCUGAUCUCGGACGUGGCAAUCUUCGCAAUGAUGUCGCGCGUCAACAAAGUUAUAAUCGGCACUCAUACCGUGAUGGCAACUGGCGGCCUGCGGGCGAUCUCGGGCGCACACACCGUCGCGCAAGCUGCUAAACAUUAUUCCGUACCGGUGAUGGUUUUGCUUCCCCUUUACAAGUUGGCACCUCUUUAUCAUUGUUCAGGAAAGCAGAAUGGCUUCAAUCAACUGGUAUCGCCGAUGCAGGGCGUAAUCGACAGCGCCAAUGCAUCGUUGUUAGAAAGGAUACACGCCUACAAUCCCGUAUUCGAUUACGUCCCGCCGGAUCUCGUCACGUUGUUCAUCUCGAACACGGGUGGAAAUGCGCCGUCUUACGUAUACAGAUUGCUUAGUGAACUGUAUCAUCCUGACGAUAAUGAACUGUAAAUAUUUAUGUACAUAACGCGUAAAUAAUAUUUAAUGUUAAUAAAUAUAA